GGCGGACAAAAAUAACAAGGGCGCUAAAAAAUUUUUUAUUGUAUCCAUAAUCCCUUGGAAAUAAGUGAUUUAUUAGGUUUUCUUAUAGCAAAUCGUAGUUCAUGUAGUACAUUCUAUGUUUUAAAUAUCGUAUAAAUCUAGAAUGUCGGCGAUAAAAGUGAAUUUUGAGAUUGGUCACAUAGCUUCUCUUAGAUCCAAGAAGACCCCAGAAGGUUUUACUCAUGACUGGGAAGUAUUUGUGCGCGGCCAAGAAGGUGUUGAUAUCAGUCACUUCGUUGAUAAAGUGGUUUUUCACUUACAUGAAUCUUUCCCCAAACCCAAACGAGUUGUGAAAGAACCACCCUUUUCUAUAAAGGAAUCUGGCUAUGCAGGAUUUGUAUUUCCCAUUGAAAUAUACCUAAAGAAUAAGGAUGAUCCCAAGAAAAUUAAAUUCCAGUAUGACUUCACAUUACAAGAGAGUGGAUUUCUUAAAGAUAGAUACAUUUUCCAAUCUCCAAAUGAUGAUUUCAGAAAAAAACUUUUAAAAGGUGGUGGUAUACAAAUAAAUAACAAUGCAUACUACACAAACCCCGAUCAAGAGAACAGAAGUAGGGACUCCUUUACCGAUGAUAAACAACAUGUUAGCAAACCCAAGCUUUCUUCAGAUAAUGUUAAUAAAAAACAUAAAUCUAAGGAACACAAGGAGGAAACUCCACAUAGAACCAGCAGUUUUGAAAGCUUAUUUGGUGCACCUAUUCAGAAACCUCCUAAAGUUUCACCUGACCCAAAAAAAAUGGAGAAAAGUGUUGUAGUACCCCUUAAAUCUGACAAGAAAGAUAAAGAAAGAUCUAGUUCAGAUAAAAAAUCAAAACAUGAACAUAAAGAGACUAAACAAGACAAAGUUAAAUUAAAGGAAGAAAAAGAUAAAGUUCGUGAUAAAGUAAAGAGUACUAGUAAAGAUCAAGAGAAAAUUAAAGAUAAAGUAAGCAAAAGACCAACUGAAAGGCCACCCUCACCUGAUGCAGUUAAAAAGCGUUGUAGCAGUCCAAGCCGAAGACCAUCAAGUCCAGUGCCACGAAGUAACAGUGCAUCAAGCAUCAAAGAAGAGUUUAAACCUAAGCAUAAUUCUGAAAAUUUUGAGCAAAGAAAGUCGAAAUUUGAAGAGAAAAUACCAGAAAUAAAAAUUGAAAAGGAAGUAAAAGAAAAGAAGAAAAAGGAGAAAAAGAGUCAUGACAGAGAUAAGGAAAGAAAAGAAAAAAAAGAACAUAAAAAGGACGGUCAUAAAUCUAAGGACUCACCCAAAGAGCUGCCUAAAGAAAGCCCUAAGGAAACACCUAAGCCUAGGGAAACUCCAAAAGAAAAGGAAACUAUAAAAGAAUCACCACCUGUAAAAGAGAAACCUGCAAAAUCGGAAAAAAAUAAUAAAUUUUCUAUUGAGAAUCUUCGGAAAUCUCCACCACCAGAACUUGAACCUGAAAGAACUGACAGUCACAAAACAAAAGAUAAAGCAGAUUUAGAGAGAAGACACAAACAUAAAAAAAAAGAUAAAAAACGUGAAGAAUCUAGAGAAAAAAAUAAAGAUUUAAACAAAGAAAAGAAACAUAAACGUGACAAAGUUCGGGAAGAUAAAAUAGAAAUUGAGCAGAGACCAAUGCCUGUACCUAAGGAACGGGUGUUGCCUGAACCAGCAUCUCCUAUAUCCAUUGAUACAGCCUCACAAUGUAGCUCAAAGAGUGGUCUUAAAUCAUCUCACAUUGGAACUGAAGACAUAAACAGCAGUCACUCAGACUCUGAGAGCUCACUGAUUGUAGAAGAGGAGGAGGAGGUUAAGGUUAAGAUGGAAAAUCCUUCCCCCGAACCAAAGCGAGAACCAUCACCUGAACCAGAACUGGGACCAGAAGUUGAACCAGAACCUGAACCGGAGCCUGAGCCUGCUGCAGAGCUACCGCCCGCUCAGGCCAAAGAAAAAUCUAAGAAACACAAAGACAAAUCUUCAAAGAGAGAGGAGAAACGACGUAAAAGAAAAGCUGCAGAAGAGGAAGACGUGGUAAAUCGCAAAAUAGCGAAAAUUGCCGAGUCUGGCCCCUCGAAUCACGAUAGCGAACGCGGCGAAACCAGCGGGUCAAUAUCUUCAGAAACUAAGGUCCAGGACAAUGGUGUGUCCAGUAGCCUUGGAGAGGAUGCUGAGCCUGGAGAUAUUUCGCCUGACUACAUGUUGCAAUUGCGCAACCUACAGCAGCGCAUACUUAUGAUAAAGAAUAACGAAGAUCUCGAAAGGGUUGUUAACUUGAUAGCAGAAACAGGCAGAUAUGAGGUGACAACGCAAACCUUCGAUUUUGAUCUUUGCUCACUCGACCGUUCUACAGUACAGCAGCUUAUUCAAUUGGUAGGGUGCUAAAGGCACCGUUUUGUGUAAAUAGAGUGGUAAUGAAACAGCUAUGGGAGGAGAUAUAACAAUUAAAGUUACUGUUAUAGAGUAUAAUAAGGUACAAAGUAUAGGGCGAACUAAGCCAGCUGAUUUGUAUUUUGAAGUAUGUUUAUCAUACACAAAGAGAAACUUAUAAUGAUACCUACUCUCGCCACUUGAGUUUUAAGUGCAAUAUAUAAAGUUAUAAGACUGUUAAAAGAUUGUUAACUAAUGUAUAUUUUGUACAUUGUUAUAUAAAUCUAUUAAAAUUAAGUUGAUUGCAUUCUGAGUUUUUAACUCUUGUAACCUGAUGUGGAUUGUAAAGUUUAAGGAUAGCAUUUUAUUAUUACAAAUAUUGUUAUAUCAAAUGUACAUUUUAAUGUAUUUGGUUUUAUACCAUAAUAUUAUGGAAAUGUUGAGAUAUUGUAUAAGUGCACUUUUAACUUCACUUUUAGUUAUAAAUAAAGCAUUGUAUGUUAUUAGUUUAAGGUACUGUAAUUUACGGAACAUCACUAUUUAGGUAAGUUUUACUUUAUCACAAGUUUGUGAUGUCU